UUACUUCUUCUUCUAAUAAUCACCCUUUUAUCCUUAAUAAUUCAUGUUAGCUAUGGAUCUACUCUCUCCCUAUCUCCUCCACCUCACAAUCUUCAUCUUUUCUUCUAUUCUCUGGUUCAUCUUCAUCUUCAUCUACAAACAAAAACCAACCCAACCUAAUAAUCUCCCUCCAGGCAAGAAAGGAUGGCCGAUUCUUGGCGAAACAUUGGAGUUCUCAAUGGCAGGGAAGCGUGGCGAGCCCGAAAAGUUCAUCAAUGAAAGAAGCAAAAAAUACAUGCUAGAUGUUUUCAAAACGUCGUUGCUAGGACAAGAUGUCAUCGUCUUCUGCGGCGACACGGGGAACAAAUUCUUCUUGUCCAGCGCCAACAAGUAUCUCAAAUUAUGGUUUCCACAUUCCCUGGCGAAAGCCAUGAGCAAUACCGGUACGAAUGCUGUCGAUUUUGGAGAAGUUGCGAAGAAGCUCGGUCGCAUGAUUCCUGAAUUCCUCAGAACCAAUGCACUCCAUCAAUACGUACCAAUAAUGGAUUCUAUGGCAAGAAAACACUUGGAGACUAAUUGGUCACCUUACAAACAAGUGAAGGCUCUUCCAUCAAUAAAAAAACUCACACUUGCUUUGGCUUGUCGAUUGUUUUUUCGAGUCGAAGAACCGGAGGAUUUGAUUGGGAUCGAGGAGCCUUUCACUGAACUAGUAGAGGGCAUGUUGUCGAUUCCAAUUAAUUUCCCCGGCACACCAUAUCGACGAGCUCUGAAAGCGAGCAAAAUCAUACAUGAGAAUCUAUUUUCCAUAAUCAAGAAGAGGAAAUUAGAGUUAUUUGAAGGUAAAGACGCUUCAUCGCCCGAUGUCUUGACUCGAAUUCUGCUUAUGGCGGAUGAGAAUGGAAAGGCUAUGUUCAGAGAUGAAGAGAUAUCUACUUGCCUUGUGGCUUUGCUCUUUGUUAGCCAUGAUACAAUAACUAGUGCCAUAACGUCCAUCCUCAAAUACCUUGGAGAAAAUCCUCACGUCUACAACAAAGUCCUGAAAGAACAAAUGGAGAUUGCAAAUUCAAAACGACCUGAAGAAGUGUUGAAUUUGGAUGAUAUUCAAAGGAUGAAGUAUUCAUGGUGUGUUGCAUGUGAGUCAAUGAGGCUUGCACCACCUGCUCAGGGAAACUUCAGAGAGGCCAUAGCUGACUUCACAUAUCAAGGUUUUACUAUUCCUAAAGGAUGGAAGGCCUAUUGGACGGUACAUUCAACACACAAGAACCCAAAGUAUUUCAAAGAUCCAGAGAAGUUUGACCCAUCUAGAUUUGAAGGAGAUGGACCUGCACCAUACACAUUUAUACCAUUUGGGGCAGGUCCUCAUAUGUGCCAAGGCAAAGAGUAUGCUCGACUAGGCAUUCUUACGUUCAUGCACAAUGUGGUGACAAGAUUCAAAUGGCAGAAUAUGAUUCCAGAUGAGAAGAGUGUUUGUACUGUGGCAACUAUCCCAGUAAAUGGUCUUCCAAUACAAAUACAGCCUCACAAUAAUUGAUUCAUGAUUUCUUGUCAAUUGUGUGUGCCGUUUAUGUGUUAUCAAAAAUAAGAAGAGUCAUCAAAUAUAUAUAUAUAUAUAAGUCCAGAGUUGCUGUGUGUACCGAUGUGCAUAGUUUGUUGGUUAUAUAUGUAAGAUUGUCAAAUAUUUUUCUUUUAAAGACUAUAUAAGAUUUGAAGGAUUGAAUUAUAAAAUUAGUUUCUUA